AUGAAGAAGCUUUUUGGCUUCAGGAGUAAGAAGGGCGUGUCACCCUUCGGCUCCUCCAUCAGCCUGGGGAGAGACAGAGGUCAUCAUAAAACCAGCUUCCAGCCCUGGUACCACAUCCGAGACAAGGACCUCAGAAAGAUCCACAAAGCUGCCAGCGUAGGCAACGUAGCUAAAGUGCAGCAGGUCCUGUUGCUUGGAGAGAAUGGCUUGAACGAGAAGGACAAGAUGAACAGGACUGCCCUCCACUUGGCCUGUGCCAAUGGCCAUCCAGCGGUGGUGGCUCUCCUCCUGCAGAGAAGAUGCCUGCCUAACCUCUGUGACAGUGAAAACAAGACCGCGCUGAUGAAGGCCGUAGAAUGCCAAGAGGAGGAGUGCGCGACUCUCCUGCUGGAGCACGGCGCCGACCCGAACCUCACGGACGCCAAUGGCAACACCGCGCUCCACCACGCUGUCUUUUGCCAGAAUAUAUCACUCGCAGCAAAGCUGCUUUCCUAUGACGCCAAUAUAGAAGCCAGGAACGAGGAUGACCUCACACCACUAUUACUGGCCAUAAGUGAAAGGAAACAGCAAAUGGUGAAAUUUUUAGUAAAGAAAGAAGCAAAUGUACACGCGGUUGAUAAGAUGAAAAGAACCGCCCUCAUCCUUGCUGUCCGUUACGAGUCUAUGAGUGUCGUCAGUCUUCUCCUGCAGCGAGGUGCUGACAUCUUUUCUCAAGAUGUCUUUGGACGGACUGCAGAAGAAUAUGCUGCUCUGAGUGGUUUUAAUAUCAUUUGCCAACUGAUCUCUGAAUAUAAAGAAAAGAGGCCUAAAACUCCUCCCGAAAAGAGCAACCCAGUGGAUACGAGUUCUGAAGAAGACUCUUUAAGCAGGUUUUCCAACAAACCUGGUGCUGACUCAUGGCCUCCUUCAGAUGAUGAAGUCUUAGAUUUUGAAACCAAGCAUGUCCCGAAACCAAACUUAGCAAAGCUACUGAAGGCUUUUCAGCAAUCCAAGAGAAACGAAGCAGAAUGUGGCACUGUGAGACGGGAGAGUACCACCUUCUCUGAGAACAAUAAUUCUGAUAGUGAAAUUGAAGAUGUGCUUGAAACCUUUCCCAAACCAUCACCUGGAGUCCAGGGCUUCCCUCAUCCUGCCUUUCCAAGGCCUGAGCCUCUUCCAAAACCACUCAAGACUCUAGCAGGCCUUGGUCUUGCACAGGUUGAAGAAGAAAAGAAGCACAAAAGUAGUGAAGUGGAAGUAUCAGACAAUGUAUGCGAUGCUGCUGAUGAGAGUCGAUUGAGUCAGCAGAGAAAGAGUGGAGGAAAUAACAAGCAGGAGUUUCCUGCUAUGGAGAAUAAAGGUUCUGAUGGGUUUCUGAUAGUGGUAGAAAAGCCAAAGGUCUGUUACGCAAAUACCACAUGCUGCAAGAUGAAAUAGCCAGCCUAAGACUGGAAAUAGAUGCAGUAAAAAAUCAGAAUUGGGAAAAUGAGAAGAAAUAUUCUGAGGAUAUUGAAAAUCUUCAACAGGCAAUGAAAUCGAUAGAGGAAAUAUUCACACAGACUAUA